CCCCCAGGUGUCCUUGCUUUUUUUUUUUUUCUUUUUUCUUUUUAAAGAAAAGGCUCUGCUUACAUUUCUUUUUCAUUCACUCGUGUCAACAUACCUGAGGGGGAACACGUUCCUGGAUGGCCAGAUGUACUACCUAGACUUUCUCUCCCCAUCAUUGGGUAAUAUGACCUUGACUCUGACCACAACUUCAUACCUGAGCACAAGUGAGUCUAUGGACGUUCCUCCAACUCUUUCCCUGAUGCCAUGGCUGUGCUUUUGGCCAUCCCAAGGCACAAGGCGAACUCACUAGGCUGUAUCCAUGAACGCUUCAGCUACUCCUCAACAGCACACCUUCCAGAGGCUCUUGUUUUCUUUGUGACCAAUGAAAGCACAUUUUUGCCUCAUCUUGGAACUGGACAGAAAUGAAUUGGACCAAAGAUGCAGCCAAUUAGCAGGUGUACAAGCCCCCCAUGCUAGGGAAUAUUGAGCGUAACUGACGUUGUGUGUGUGCAUCAGUGAUGCCGACAAAGUGGAAAAGAACGUCUACCACUCAGAGAACUUCUACCUGUCACCAUGGAAGAUGUCCGCCCGGUCAAAGCAAAAACAAAAACAGAUCUCUACCCCUUCUCAGGACCGAUGCAAAACUGACUUUUUCAGUGGAUAUGAUGACGUAUCUCACCCCUGCUCUUCGGCUGCGCAGAUACAGGAUGACCAGUUUUCUACUUUCUCAGAAAGUGGAGGAUAUUGUGAAGUGUUGAUAUCAAAGCCACCACCGCACAUCACUGCUCUUGGAACUGAGUCCUGUGAGGAAGAGAUUUCCUGUUCUCCAUUCAGAAGCGAAUCUGAAGACCAGGAAUCUUCACAGAGUCAAGAAUCAGAAGAUACUUGCCGCGAAGAGAAGACAGUAGUGCCCCACCUGGUUGCUAAACUCUGUUCUGGGACUGAACCGGUUUGUAAAAGUAAUCAGUUUCUGGGACCUGAAGGAAAUGUGGAUAUUGAGUUGAUUGAUAAGAGUGCAAACAGAUACAGUGUCCACUUCCCCGUGGCCGGCUUCUAUCUGUGGCCAGCAACAGGCCUUGGCUUCCUGGUAACAGCAGCAGUGACCGUGACGAUUACGUUCGAUUCUUGGGGUCGGCACCUGGACCUGAAGUUACAGCAUCACGAGAAGUGGAUGGUGGCCGGCCCUUUAUUUGACAUCUCUGUGGAGCCUGAGGGGGUCAUCACUGAAAUCCACCUCCCCCACGUCAUCUCUCUCCCAGCAAAUGAGGUCCAUAUAUCUUGGUUCCAAGUUGCCCAUUUUAAGGAUGAAGGGAUGGUCCUGGAGCCGCCAGCCCGAGUGGAGCCUUUCUAUGCCAUCCUGGAAAACCCUAGCUUCUCUCUGUUGGGGAUCCUGCUGAGACUUGCCAGAGGGACCUGCCUUUCGGUCCCCAUCACAUCCACGGCACUAAUCUAUUAUCACUUCCACUCCGAAGAUGUGAAAUUUCACUUGUAUCUUAUCCCCAGCGACUCCUUGCUAACGAAGGCAAUAGAUGAGGAGGAAGCUAAGUUUCAAGGUGUGCGUCUGCAGACCUCGCCCCCAGUGGACCCACUGAAUUUUGGUUCCCGUUAUAUUGUGUCUUGUUCACCUCCCCUGGAAAUAAUACCCAAGGAGUUGAAAUUAUCCUACAGGAACCCUGGAGAAAUCCAGGUCUUCUCUAAAGUCUAUGCUGGGAGGAUGAAGGAACCAAUCAUGCUUGAAAUUACUGAAAAAAGAUACAAGACUUUGAUCUGGUACACUUUGGUGAAGCCAGAGGAGCUCCAGUUUGGUGCUACAUCGGCCCCUCCUCCCCUCCCAGCUGUGGCCUUUAUGAAGGAGCACCGUCGUCAUCUUCAAGCCAGGAUGGGGCACCUGAAUGGAGUCCUGGAUGAUCUUCAGGACCGUGGGGUCUUCACCGAGGAAGAGAAGGAGAUGGUGCAGCAGAUGCCAACACAGCAGAGAAGGAACGAGACCCUACUGAGGAUGGUGGAGAAUAAAGGGCACCAGGCCCAGAAGGUGCUCUUCAAAAGCAUUAGUAGAAGAGACCCUUAUCUGAUGUCCUACCUCAACCAGCAGAGUUUACAACAGUGAUUCAGACAGAUACUCAGGGAGAGAGAAUCCAGUGUUCUCCGCUGAAAAUGGAUAAACGGACGUGUGAUCAUUGAGUUCAGGGUCCAAGGCACGAGGUCCAGGUAACACCAACACAUCACACAGGAUUUCCUGAGGACUGAUGUGUAAUUUCAUGGAGACCUAUUAGUGUAUCCUAAUAUCUUAACGUCAAGAAUAUCUGAAGAGAGGACUACUGCCUCGAAGUGCUUUUUAAAAACAAAUUCUGGGGUGCCUGGGUGGCUCACUCGGUUGAGCGUCUGACUUUGGCUCAGGUCAUGAUCUCACGGUUC